CACAAAAGAAGACAAAUACAAACCUGGGAAAAAUCAGAAAUAAGAGAAGAGAGAGAAGAAAAAGACUCUUUUAUGACUCGGUCCCAUUUAGUAUUGUCAACAUCACAGAGUACUAGUAUAGUACACCAAACGAAAUAUAAUCUUUCAUCAAUAUUUAAAAAAGAACAACAGUACUACCACCUCUUCAACUUCUCUCUUUGGGUGUCUUCUCUUUUGCUAGUGCACCAACACUUUUUGGCACCAAUGGAAGGUCAAAAUGAUGAGUACCAUAAGAAAGAAAGGGCCAUUGCGGUUACUAUACUGGUUUUUGCUUCUCUUUCUAUUGCUUCCUUGUUUGUUGCAGUUAGUUACUAUUGCUAUAUAAGGAACAAAGCGGCCAAGCGUUUCAAGAACCGGACUUAUACUGAGAGUGCUUGUGAUGACAAGGGCAACAAUUUUGCCAAUCUGAAAGUCAUUGCCGAGAAGGGACUUCAGGUUUUCACAUUUAAGCAGCUGCAUUCAGCCACUGGCGGGUUUGGAAAAUCUAAUGUCAUUGGCCAUGGUGCUUUCGGGUCAGUGUACAGAGGAGUGCUUCAAGAUGGGCGGAAGGUUGCGAUUAAGCUGAUGGAUCAAGCUGGAAAACAAGGGGAGGAAGAAUUCAAAGUGGAGGUGGAGUUGCUGUGCCUCUUGCGCUCACCAUAUUUGCUGUCAUUGAUUGGCUAUUGUUCAGAAAGCAGCCAUAAAUUGCUUGUUUAUGAAUUCAUGGCAAAUGGUGGUUUGCAGGAGCACUUGUAUCCAAUCAAAGGUUCCAGUAAUUUUUGUCCAAAGUUGGACUGGAAGACUCGAUUGAGAAUAGCUUUGGAGGCUGCUAAAGGUCUGGAAUAUCUCCAUGAGCAUGUCAAUCCGCCAGUUAUUCAUAGAGAUCUUAAGAGUAGCAAUAUACUUUUGGACAAAAAUUUCCAUGCCAAAGUUUCUGACUUUGGAUUGGCCAAGCUUGGAUCUGAUAAAGCUGGCGGGCAUGUCUCUACCCGAGUUUUGGGGACACAAGGAUAUGUUGCUCCAGAAUAUGCAUUAACAGGACACUUGACUACCAAAUCAGAUGUUUACAGUUAUGGGGUUGUCCUCCUAGAGUUGUUGACGGGCAGAGUUCCAGUUGAUAUGAAGAGAUCUCCUGGCGAAGGUGUUCUUGUUUCUUGGGCAUUGCCCCGUCUCACUGAUAGGGAAAAAGUUGUAGAGAUAAUGGAUACAGCGCUGGAGGGUCAGUAUUCGAUGAAAGAAGUUAUUCAGGUUGCUGCUAUAGCUGCAAUGUGUGUACAACCGGAGGCUGAUUACAGGCCACUGAUGGCCGAUGUUGUGCAGUCAUUGGUUCCACUGGUGAAACAACCACGUCCAGCGGUGAAGGCUGGUAGCUGCUCUAGCUUUCACGCCACACAGUCCCCCAUUGCUACACAAUCUCCCAAGGCUUAAGACUUCCUUCAAGCGAUCCAUGCAUAUCUUGAUCCUUAGUUGUACUCAACUUUUAUGGAGUAACUAAUAGCUUAUGGACAACUUUCAUGAAUAACUUUAAUCUAACAAAA